AUGCCGUCACUCAAAAUCGCCAUUAUCGGUGCUGGUCCUGUGGGCCUAUCUCUCGCCCGACUCCUUGCUAGCAAUCCCGCUAUUGAGAUUAUUAUUUUUGAAUCAGAUAAAUCUCCCGAAGCUCGUGUUCCAGGCGGACCUCUUGACCUUCACCCUGCUACUGGUAUUUCAGCACUGAAAGAGGCAGGCUUAUAUGGGGAAUUUCUCAAAUACGCUCGCUUCGAUGGCGAGGCGCUGAUAAUUUGUGACAAAAAGCUCACCAAAUACGUCAACUUACCAGGCGGGGACGCACAUUCCUCUCGCGGUCGACCCGAAAUCGAUCGAACAGCGCUUCGUAAUAUUCUUCUCAGUUCCGUCCCACCACACCUUAUUAGAUGGGGCUGUCGCCUGCGCUUUAUAGAUGAAAACCGCAGACUUAUUUUUGAUCAUGGCAUAGAGUCCGGGUACGACUUGGUUGUCGGAGCAGAGGGGGCUUGGAGCAAAAUUCGCAAACUCAUUUCCGACCAAAUGCCAAAUUAUGCUGGCUUAAUUGGCUAUCAUUGGAAGAUCCCUGAUGCCAAGAAUCUAGCACCCGGAUGCUAUAAGCUCGUCAACAGAGGAUCGGUAUUUUCCUAUUCCGAUGGGCGUGCGAUUAUGGGCCAGCAGCUUGGGGAUGGCAGCUUGAAUGUGUAUACAUAUACACCAUGGUCGGUAGAUUGGAAAGAAGAUGCGCCAUUCGACCUUCACGAUACCGAAGCAAUCAGGAAUGCAUUACUAGAAGAGUUUCACGAGUGGGAUCCUGAAUUGCUGAGUCUUAUUCGUCAUGGGCAAGACCCUAACCUUCGUCCUCUCUAUAUGCUUCCUGUGGGCUGGUCCUGGGAAAAUUGCCCUGGGGUGACUUUAGUCGGGGAUGCUGCUCAUGUCAUGACACCCUUUGCAGGCGAGGGAGUCAAUCUGGGCAUGCAGGAUGCUUUGAUGCUCUCUCGAGCUAUACUUAAGGCUUCCAAAUCACCCACGCCUGAGACCAGUCUACCAGCUGAGAUCAAGACUUUCGAGAAAGACCUGUUCAUGCGAGCAGAGGAAACUGCAAACUUCACGAAUGACAUGUUGACAUGGCUUUUUUUCACUGAUGGAUCUCCGAGUUCUAUCAUAGAGAAGCUGGUCCUGCGAAUGACGACCUUCCACGAGGGGGGGGAUUCUUUCGAGCCUGACUUAUCCAUUCUUCGCAAUUUCUGUCUAUGUCUAUUUUGCGAUAUUUCGACUGUGGUACAGGUAGCUCCGUGGCUGCUGUAUGGAUGA